CUCACACGAGGCAGACCUGGAAAACCGGGACACUUCUCGCAGCUCCGCUCCAUGCACCGGCUCCGUGGCGUGGACAUUUUUUAAUACAUCAUCACAGCCUGCUCUUGGGUUUUCCUUCCUCCCCUCCUCAUUCUCAUGUGGAUUCUUUGCGCAUCGCGCUCGCGGACGCAGCAGAGGUGUGUUUGAGCUGUUGAGCAUUUUCCCACCCGGAGAUGAACACAUGAACGCUUGGUGAAUGGGAAACACCAGCACGGAGGCAGCGCUACCUUCCCCCCAUUUUGACAAGCUCGCUCGCUCCUCCGUUGGCGAGAUUUGCGCACGCGACACCGGAGCCGGUGUGUGCGCUCUGCGGGGCCGGGCGCGCGUUGUCUGGGAGGAGUAGGGAGGAUGGAGGCGUUUUUUACAGAGGGAGCCCGUGUCUGGGUCAGAGAGAAGGAGCAGUUUGUUCCUGCAACUGUAAACUCCUGCGAUGGAACCCUCGUGCUCACGACCGACUAUGGGGAGGUGCUGUACCUGCAGCAGGCCGAGGUCACCAGGGAGCGAGUGUAUGCCAUGCAUCAGUCCAGCAUCGACGGGGUGGAGGACAUGUCGGCGCUGGCCGAGCUGCACGAGGCCGCCAUCAUGCACAACCUGUACCAGCGCUACCAGAAGGAUAACAUCUAUACUAAUAUUGGCAGCAUCCUGGCAGCUGUCAACCCCUACAAGCAGAUCUCAGGUCUGUACGACCCCGACAGAGUUGACCUUUACUCCAAGCAUCAUCUCGGGGAGCUCCCACCUCACAUAUUUGCCGUGGCCAACGAAUGCUAUCGCUGCAUCUGGAAACGCCACGACAGCCAGUGUGUCCUCAUCAGUGGUGAAUCGGGUGCUGGGAAGACAGAGAGCACCAAGCUAUUGCUGCAGUUCCUGUCAGUGAUGAGCCAGAAAUCAGCCGGGACGGCUCCGUCAGAGAAAAGUACACGUGUGGAGCAGGCCAUUGUACAGAGCAGUCCCAUCAUGGAAGCGUUUGGAAAUGCAAAGACUGUUUACAACAACAACUCCAGUCGCUUUGGAAAGUUCAUCCAGCUUCACUUCUCAGAGGGUGGAAACAUCCAGGGAGGCUGUGUCAUCGACUACUUACUGGAAAAGAACCGCGUGGUGCGACAAAACCCUGGUGAACGAAACUACCACAUCUUCUACGCCCUGUUAGCCGGCGCCAGCAAAGAGCAUAAAAGCCUUUACUUCCUGGAGGAGCCUGCUGAAUCUUUCCACUACCUCAGCCAAUCAGGAUGUCUGAAGGACAAGAGCCUGAACGACAAAGAACUGUUCAACAGCGUCAUGGAGGCGCUGAAGGUGUUAGAGUUCACAGAGGAUGAGAUCAGAGACAUGUUCAAGCUGCUCUCAGGAGUCUUACAGCUGGGAAACAUCGAGUUCAUGACGGCAGGAGGAGCCCAGAUCACGACCAAGCAAGUGGUCAGUGAUGCCAGUGAGCUGCUCGGUCUGGACGCCUUCCAGCUGUCCGAAGUCCUGACUCAGCGAUCCAUAAUACUCAGAGGAGAGGAAAUCUGCUCCCCACUCACUAUAGAGCAGGCCGUGGAUUCUCGGGACUCUGUUGCCAUGGCGUUAUAUUCCCAGUGUUUUUCCUGGAUCAUCCUCAAGAUCAACCAGAAAAUCAAGGGAAAGGAAAACUUUAAGUCCAUCGGCAUCCUCGACAUCUUCGGCUUUGAGAACUUUGAGGUGAACCGCUUUGAGCAGUUCAACAUCAACUAUGCCAAUGAGAAACUACAGGAGUACUUUAAUAAGCAUAUCUUCUCCCUGGAGCAGCUGGAGUACAACAGGGAGGGUGUUCAGUGGGACGCCAUCGACUGGAUGGACAAUGCCGAGUGUCUUGACCUCAUAGAAAAAAAACUGGGCUUGUUGGCACUCGUGAAUGAAGAGAGUCGAUUCCCCAAAGGAACAGACUUCACUCUGCUGGAGAAGCUGCACAGCAGACACUCUACAAACCCUUACUAUGUAAAACCCAGACUCGCGGAUCAUCAGUUUGGUAUCAAACAUUAUGCCGGCGAGGUUUUGUACGACGUUAAGGGAAUCCUGGGGAAGAACAGAGACACCUUCAGAGACGACAUCCUGAACAUGCUGAAGGACAGCAGACUGGACUUCAUCUAUGACUUGUUCGAGAAAGUCGGGAGCAGGAACAACGAGGAGAAGAUGGGAACGGCAAGACGAAAACCCACUGUGAGCUCCCAGUUCAGGGACUCCCUCCACGCCCUCAUGGCUACGCUGAGUGCAUCCAACCCUUUCUUCAUCCGUUGCAUUAAACCCAACAUGCAAAAGAACCCAAAUGUGUUUGACCCAGAGAUCGUCAUGAAUCAGCUGAGGUAUUCUGGGAUGCUGGAAACUGUGAAGAUCCGUCGUGCUGGGUUCCCCGUCCGCAGAACCUUCAAAGACUUUUUCUCUCGAUACAAGAUCAUUCUCAAAGAAAAAGUACCAGCAGGUGGCGAUGAUAAAAAGAGGAAUACAGACCUUCUGUUAAAAUAUGACAAGACCAAGAAAGAGUGGCAGCUGGGCAAGACCAAGGUAUUUAUGAAAGAGUCUCUGGAGCACCGUUUAGAGAAAGACAGGGAUGAAGUUCGACGUCAAGCUGCGAUGAUAAUCCGGGCUCACCUCCUCACCUUCUCUGCCAAGAAGCACUUCAAGCUCGUGCGCGCCAGUGUCGUCACCCUGCAGAAACACGUCCGCAAGCACCUCCAACGCAGGCGGUUCGUGAAGCAGCGCGAGGCGGCCCUGGUGCUGCAGAGACACCGGCGAGGACAGGUGGCGCGCACCCGCGUUCGAAAGCUCCGAGAGGAGAAGAAGAAGAAGCGGGAGGACGAGCAGAGGAGGAAAGAGGAGGAGGACAAGAAAACACGCGGUGAAGGGGAGAAGGAGGAUGAAGCGGUUGCAGGAGCAGAGAAGGAAAAAAAUUCGUCAGAAGAGGAGACCCGGCAGAUGGAGGAGAUCUUGCAGUUGGAGCGGGAGAUCGAGCGUUUGCAGAAGAAGAGAGAGGACGAGGUGUCGCAGCUGUGUGAGUCCUCUAAACAGCAGCUGCAGCUGCGCCGGGACGCUGAGCUUAAGCGAAUGAAGAAGGAGGCGUCUCGCAAGGCCACUGAGCUCAUUGACCUCCUGAACUUCGGCGGCGUGGAUCCCUCGCAGGCAGCAGCGGAAGCAAAGCCUGCUGCCGAAGCAAAACCUCCCAAAAGGUCAAGCGGCGCAACAGGUGCUUCCAAAGAGGAGGAGGUAGAUGAGGGCUUCCAUGCUGAGGAGGAGUGCAUCCCUCUCCCUGACUUCCCUCCUCCUGCUGAGACGAAUGCUCCCGUGGAUCAGGACAUAUUUGCUCAACUUCCUCCUCCCCCACCUGCCUUUGCUGAGGGGACAGUGCCACCUGCGCCACCUCCUCCACCUCCUCUGCCCACUGAUGGGGAAUUUGUCACUGGAAUUCCUCCCCCGCCUCCUCUCCCUCCACCUGGAGAUGGCUCUGCUGUUCCUCCACCUCCUCCACCGCCGCCUCCCCCAGGAGAGGGAGAGAAGACAGAGGCAGCUAAGGCAGAGCCGGAGAGGAAGGUGAGCAUGGUAGAGAGCCUCGGGGACGGAGAGGAGCCGAUCUACAGCAUGCCGGCCGACACCGAGUCAGACUACGACCAGGAGGACGAGGAAGGGUCCGUCAACGCUGGGGACGACAGCUCCGUGUCCGGGAGCAACCGCGGCAGCGCUGCCGUGACGGACGAGGAGCACCCGAGGAAAUCCACCUGCACCAACGCCAGCAUCGAGUCCUACAGAGGCAGCUCUGACUCUGUGAGGACACACACUCACAUGCUUCCUCACAUGCGUGCACGCAGACAUUAUGCAGACAGUGAUGAUGAGCAUGAUGGGAUGAUGGACACUGAUGAAGAGGUGACCAAUGGCAGAGUCACUUUGUUUAAUGGGAAUGGACCACCAUAUUUCCAUGGCUACCUCUACAUGAAGGCUGGGCUGAUGAUCCCGUGGCGCAGGAGGUGGUGCGUGUUGAAAGACGAAACCUUCAUGUGGUUCCGGUCAAAACAAGAGUCUCUGAAGUCUGGCUGGCUCUACAAGAAAGGAGGAGGACUCUCGACUCUGUCACGGAGGUUGAACUGGAAGAUGCGCUGGUUUGUGCUGAGGGACAGUAAACUCAUGUACUACGAUAACGACAGCGAGGAGAAGCUGAAGGGAACCAUCGACAUCCGGGCCGCAAAGGAGAUUGUUGAUAAUCAUGAAAAGGAAAACGCUCUGAACAUUGUGACAGACGAGCGGACCUAUCAGGUGUUUGCAGAAUCACCAGAGGAUGCAAGCGGCUGGUUCAAUGUCCUCAGUAAAGUGCGUGUUUGCACUCCUGAGCAGUUGCUAGAGAUGUCCCAUGAGCAAGCCAACCCAAAGAAUGCUGUGGGAACUCUUGACGUUGGGCUGAUUGACUCUGUUUGUGCGUCAGACAACCCCGAUCGGCCCAACUCUUUCGUCAUCAUCACGGCAAACCGUGUGAUCCACUGCAACAGCGACACACCAGAGGAGAUGCAUCACUGGAUCAGUUUGCUGCAGAAACCCAAAGGAGACGCCAGGGUGGAUGGACAGGAGUUCCUGGUCAGAGGUUGGCUCCAAAAGGAGAUGAAGACGAAUGCUAAGAGCACCUCCCUGAAGCUGAAAAAGCGCUGGUUUGUUUUGACCCACAACUCCCUGGAUUACUACAAGAGCUCGGAACGAAACUCCUCCAAGAUGGGAACUCUGGUCCUGAACUCCCUCUGCUCCGUCAUUCAGCCGGAUGAGCGUGUGCACCGGGAGACAGGUUACUGGAACAUCAUCGUGUACGGGAGGAAGCAUUCGUACCGCCUUUACACCAAGAUGCUGAAUGAAGCUAUGAGGUGGACUGCUGCUGUACAGGGAGUCAUAGACAGUAAAACUCCCAUAGAAACUCCAACACUGCAACUCAUCAGAGACAUCAAGGAAAACAGCGUGAACCCGGACAUAGUGGAGCAGAUGUACAGGAGAAACCCCAUCCUGAGAUACACUCAGCAUCCUCUGCACUCUCCUCUGCUGCCGCUGCCGUACGGAGAGGUCAUGACCUCAGUACAAAGGCGGCAGGGCUACGCCAGUCUGCAGGACGAGGCGGUGCGAGUGUUCAACUCCCUGCAGGAGAUGGAGACUCUGGCAGACACGGUGCCCAUCAUUCAGGGCAUCCUGCAAACCUGCCAGGACCUGCGUCCUCUCAGGGAUGAGGUUUAUUGUCAGGUGAUCAAACAGACCAAUCACGUGCCUCAGCCCAACAUCCCAGCCAAUCGGGCACACUGGCACCUGCUCACCUGCAUGAGCUGCACCUUCCUGCCCAGUCGAGUCAUCCUCAGAUACCUCCGCUUCCACCUGAAAAGGGUUCGUGAGCGUUACUCCGGCACGGAAAUUGAGCGUUAUGCUACCUUCAUUGGAGAGUCCCUGAAGAAGACCAAGACUCGAGAGUUCGUCCCCUCUCAGGAGGAGAUUGCUGCCCUGCUGGUGAGACAGGAGAUGAGCACCACUGUCUACUGCCACGGAGGAGGUUCCUGCAAGAUCUCCAUCAAUUCACACACCACAGCUGGAGAGGUUGUGGAGAAGCUGAUCAGAGGCCUGGCCAUGGAGGAGAGCAAGAACCUGUUCUCUCUGUUUGAACACAACUCCUCCAUUGACCGAGCUUUGGAGAGCAGAGUGAUUGUCGCAGAUGUCCUGGCCAAGUUUGAAAGAUUGGCGGGCAGUGACGAGGAGGAGGAGGAAGGAGAAUGGAAACUCUACUUCAAACUCUACUGCUUCUUGGAUGUGGAGAGCAUGCCCAAGGAGGGAGUGGAGUUUGCAUUCAUGUUUGAACAGGCUCAUGAGUCUCUGAUAAGUGGUCACUUUCCGGCCUCAGAGGAGACCUUGCAGCACCUGGCGGCGUUACGUCUCCAGUAUCUCCACGGCGAUGGGGCAGGUCGAGCCGGAUGGAGUCUGGGAAGUGUUUAUCCAAUUGGGCGUCUCCGCAAUCGCAUCUUCCACUCCACCAAGACAGGCAUGGGGGCCGCAGGUGGAGCUGGAGCAGGUGGAGCGGGAGGAGUGGGAGACGGGAAGGGCAUCGUGGGAGGACCAGGAGGAGUCAGCAUUGGGGUAGAGAGACGAAAGACCCCGAGCUUCCUGGAUGGAACCCUGAGGAGGAGCUUCAAGACUGGGUCACUGAAGAAGCAGAAGGUGGAGGAGGAGCAGAUGGAGAUGUGGGUGAAGGAGGAGACGUCUGCCACACGGACCAGUGUUCUGGAGAAGUGGACCCGGCUGCAGGGAAUGCCUCAGCACCAGGCCAUGCUGAAAUACAUGAGCAUCAUUAAGGAGUGGCCCGGAUAUGGAUCUACUCUGUUUGACGUGGAGUGUAAAGAGGGCGGUUUCCCUCACGACCUGUGGCUCGGCGUGAGUGCCGAGAACGUUUCCGUGUAUAAACGAGGUGAACCCAAACCUCUGGAGACCUUCCAGUACGAGCACAUCACCUUUUUUGGGGCUUCACAGCCCUGCACGUACAAGAUCAUUGUGGAUGAGAGGGAGAUGUUCUUUGAGACUCCAUUGGUCGGAGAGAUCACCAAGAUCAUGAGGGCCUACAUAAACAUGGUAGUGAAGAAACGCUGCAGCAUCAUGUCAGUGUCCAGCAUUUCCAGUUCCUGGGCCAGGUGAUUUUCAGCAGCCGGUCAGAGCCCUCAGUUUGUCCGCAGACAAACAGACGCAGUGGCCUCCCCCAGUGUCGGUCGGUCGGUUGGUUGGUUUUGAUGGAGGCAGUCGCACCAAGCAGCCAAUCCCCGAGGGUGAAUUGUGAGUGGCGGCCGAGUGUGUCCACACUCUGGCUGGCCGGGGGUUUCACUUUUGGGAUAAGGGAUCCAUCUUUAAAAGGAGCAUGACAUGAAGAAAACGUUCCUUUCAAAUACAUCACCCUCCCCUCUGUUGUAGUCCUGCAUGUAGGUAUUGAAGCACACUCCAAACUUCUCUCCGCUUUCCUCUGUGGAAAGAAACUACAAGCACAACUCAGCCGCCUCACUCUGUCCAAAGGUGGCUCCCUUCUCCUCCCCCCGGUGCACUGCCAGACAGAAGACAGCCACACUUUCUCAGUUACGUUUCUUCCUCACAGCUCCUCAGAGUCUGUCUCUUUCUCCUCAUGCAUCCUCACUUCCUGUUGCAUCUUUAUUUGCUGUUAGAAUAACUUGCUUGCUUUCUCUCUCUCUGUUGUUCUCUCUGUGACUUUUUUUUAUUUUUUUUUAUCUUUUUUUUUUAUCAUCAUCUAAAUUGCAUUGUUUGUAACCGAGAGAAAGGACUUCCUGUAAAUGAUGCUCAUUCUUCUUCAGGGCUGCUUAAGAUAAAAAUAAGCCCUUACUGACUCCACAGUGCCACCGUGUGGCCCGGGGGAAGAAAAGUCACCCUGAAGAAGCGGCUUUAAAUAUUUCUGAACAAUAUCAAAUCAAUACUAUUGCUGAGGAAGAAGAGAGGCUAUGCCUCGGAGGCUCUCGUCUCUUGUUUAGCCUGACAUGAAGGGUCGUGAUGUGCAUGGGUAACGGCCUCGUGAGGCUCUAUAAAGAGAAUAUCAACCAGAAUAGUAUGAUGCAAAACAUCUCCCUAUAUAUAUGUCUACAUGUAAUACUCACAGCGUAAAUCUAAUGUAUAUUCACAUAUGUGUAAACUGAAACUGAAUUGUUUUUGUACUGUAUAUCACACAAUAUGAGAGUUAUUAAAUGUACAGUGGCCACUGCACUGUACAGUAUAUAGAUGCCAUACUAUGAUGCAAUGUGACACCUCUUGUGUAACAUACAUGCGACUGAAUGGUGUUGAUGACAACCACUGUCUGUGUGUGAAUCUGAUGCCAAUGCUGUAUGUGCACCAUUCACUGGCUGUGCCAUUAAUGUGACUCACAGAAAAUGAGCAGGAACACAAGAUGGGGAAACGAUGGUGGUCAUGUUUUUUACAGUGUUUUUUGAUGAAUUUAUCAUUAUUGUUACGUGUGGGACUCACUCAGAAGCAUCAGAUAGAGACAUGAUGGCAUCUUGUGACUGCUCAGUCGCCUUUUCUCACCUUUUCUUCACUGAGAUCAGUGAUUUAAAGGAGAACGUGUAAGCUACAGAUCGUCUGGGUCUCCAACAACGUGAGGUUUUAUUACUGCUACUACUCUUAUUACUGUAUGCCCCCCCCCCCGCUAUCUUAACCACCCCAAAGUGCUGAAUGUGCGUGUACUUGAGCGUAUUUAUGGUGUAAUCCAAAACCAUUUGGUAAAGAAAAAGGGACGUGAGUGUACUCCUCAGAAACGAUGUGUAGUGACUUCACUAAUGUUUGCAAAGAAUGGUGUUGUGCUUGUGAUUUAAAGGGAAACGCAUGGGAUUUCAAGGUAGGGUAAGGGGUUAUUUAUUUCUAAUUGUACCGUGUGUAUUGCAAGGUGGGUUUGGGACGAUGAU